UUUGCAUAAUGAAAAUUGCCCUUUUCCGGUAGAGCCAAGCACGGGAUAAAUUGUACCCGUGCGAUCAGUACACAGUACUUUGCACAGAUCUGCCAACAUGGUUCUACGACAAUGUCUCGCUUGCAACUCAAGGAUUUUAGGUACAUCGCAGAUAUGUAUCUGUGGCCACGUGUUCGAAGAUGUUCGACAGAUUGAAGGGAAAAGGUUUUCAGAAUAUCGAGCAAGUCUGUACACAAGACUGGAAGCCAAGAAAAUGAAAUUCACAGAGAAUGAGAGCAAAAUCCAAAGUGUCACGGAUUCGCCCGAAGACUGUUGCACGAAGCAGGUAGCUAUGGAAGCUGAAAAAAGAAUUGCUGGUUCAUCAUCCUCGAGUAAAGUGCGAAGAAAGAAGGGAAAAAGAAAGGCAGGAAAUGGAAAGAGCACGCGCGAAAUUCGGCGCAAAAACAAAACGGUUUCUUUGUUUCAUUCCCCCGAAGAGGAAGCUGAACGAUUUUCGCGAGCUCUUCGAGAAAUCAACCGACGAAUCAUAGGGCAGUCUUUGGUUUGGCUGCUGUAAGUUCUGUUGUUUUCGGCGAAAGAAAUAAUGGCUGGAAAUUCGACAGAGAAAUUUCGCAGUGUUCCCUAUCAAGUUGUUUCGUGGAAUUGUUAUGAAAAAGUGCCUGAGGAGAAAGUGGAGAUUCAACAGGGGCUAUCUUAUGCCUUGUAUUGAUUUGGUUUACUCAAGAGAGCCAGGCAUUCAUGUAGUUUGACAAACAAAUAAUGGAUUUGUCGUCUUAUAGUAUACGUCUUGGAUUUUGUACCUAUAGUGCAAAACCAACAGGUUUCAAUUUGGACUAGUCUUAAAUAAAUAAAUAAAUAAAUAAAUAAAAGAACAAAAAAUCAAA